ACACCAGAAAAGAGCAAAAUGAUUCUCAAUCCAAUCGAAGCCGCGUGUGUCUAUGUGGUCCAGCCCAUUAUUGAUCAACUGGCAUAUCUUGAGAAUGAUGUGCAUUAUAUGGCGUUCCUCGGUGGCCUUGCAGUCCUUGGAAUUUUCCUGGGACUCCUCUUCAGUGUAAUUACAGUUCUUUGGUACAGGUCCUUACACCGUGAGGAAUUUACUAAAGUUAACAAGGCCGAAUAAUGUCCGUUGCAAUUAAAACAGAAUUGUUAAUGUGUUCUGAAGCUCUGCACUGUUAAAAAUUAUUGGUUUAAUAUUCUUAAUAAGUGUCAUGGAAAUAUAAGUUUAUUAAGAAGUA